AUUUCCCGGAAAGAAGAUUUUGUCGUUUGUUAACGGAACCCUAAGCUGAAUUUUUCGCGCCAUGAAUAACGAUAGGCAAGCGCCGGCGGUGUCCGUGACGGGAGUGCCGACUCGGACGACGCGGAUUUGCAACUGAUGAAACAUCGUGCGAACUCGUUCAAGAACAUCGCGGCGAGUUUCUACAGAGAAAUUGAGAACUUAAUUAACUCAGCGACCCCACCUUUUUCGGUACCGCCGGUCAGGCAAGCGUCGGAGAUCGAAUUCAUGAAGAAGCUUCAUCCUAAGAUAUCGGAGUUUCGUAAAGUGUAUUUGGCGCCGGAGAUUAGGAGGAAAGUGAUGGAGAAAUGGGGUCCGAGGGCGAACUUGGGGAUAGACUUGUCAAGGAUAAGGAGCACAGUCGCAGCGGAGGUGUAUGGGAUCAAAGAGGAGGAUACGGAAGGAAUUAUUGAUUUUAAUAAGGCCAGUGAAGAGAGGAGUGAGAGGCUCAACGAGGAAGGUCAAUUUGGUGAUUGGGAACCAAUUCGGGCGUUAAAGACAAGGAUAAGGGAAUUUGAGAAGAAAAUUCUACGGUUGAAAUUUUUGCUGGGUUUAAGAAUAAUGAGUUUAUGGAGAAAGUUAAGUCUAGUUUGAAAGCCAUUUGCAAGGAGCCUCAGGAGUCAAAGGUUCCCUUCUUACCAAUGGACUGUCAUUUCCUUUUAGUGAUAAUUUGCAAUUUUUUAUGCAUUCAUGCCAUUUAUAUUUUUCAGCGAAAUUUUUCCACAUAUUGACAAGGAUUUGUUGAAGUUUUGCUUUUUUUGUAACGGGCAUUUCA